GGUUUCAGAAGCGUCAACCACCCAGCGGGGGGACCGACUGGUCAACCUGUUGAGCCUGAGCUGACCAAGACGACUAAGGACCGUCUUGUGCGUUCCCCCUUCCUUUGUUUUUUCUCUCCCUUUUUUUCUUUUUUUUUUCUUAACUUUUCUAUAGUGGGACAGGCUUUCCGCAGUUGAAAAUCGUUUUGGCGGGCUGCUCAAGGUUUUCUUUUCCUUCCUUCAUAACCUUUUUUUUUCACUUUUUUUUUUUAAUUUUUAAUUUUUUUUCAAUUUUUAAUCUUUUUUUCAAUUCUCAAAUUUUUUUUUUCCUUCUUAAUCUAGUAGUGCUUGCUGAUGCCGGUGGUAGGACAUCUACAAUCGGGAUGUGGAGCUCAGGGCGGACUUUACUUCUCUCGAGGGGGGGUUCCGACUUGUGGGCUGGCAGCUCUCCGCACUGACCGCUGUUAUCCUGUUUAUGGGUACAGUCGCACCCCGUUGUCCCGGACCUCGCUCUCCCGGAUUCUUCGCUGUCCCGGAUGAGUUUCUAUGAAUUAUAAAUUUCUUCACACCGAAACCAAACCUGUUGUCCCGAAUAACUUGCUGUCCCGGACGGAUUCUCAGGAUUUUGGCCGUCCGGGACAACGGGGUGCGACUGUAGUGUAAGUCUUCACGCAGUUUAUUCUUCUUUUACCCUAUCUGCCACUCCGAGUACUAAUCUAAGCUGAUAGGCAAUUUUUUACUUUAUCGACAAAGUUGAGAAGCACUUCCCGGCCGCCGUUGUGGCAGUUCUUGCCGAGAAAAAUGUGAGCAGCCCUUUUGUUUCUUCUUUUUUAUUUUUUUAUUUUUAUUUUUUUAUUAAAAUCUUAAAACUCAAUUGCUAACCUAACUGAAAGUACCUGCCCGCGCCUACACCCCCAAGCAUCGAAACGCCGGCUUCGACCCUGCCUCCAAAGACCAGGAAGUAAGCCCUCUGGCACUCCGGGGCACAAAAAAAAAAAGGGUCCGAUAGCAUUGAUGGUUUUUGGUGGUUAGCAUGGGUUUUAAGCCUUGGGUAUUUUUUUCUGCUGUUUGAAAGGGUUUUCGGCCGAUAUGAAGGGUUCCCACCUGUUGGGAUUGUUUUCGCCCUUGGGAUAGUUGUUUGAUUGUUCGGUUUCUUUUUCGGCUGUUUUAAUGCUUUUUUGGCAUUGCUGCUAUGUUUUUUCUUUUUUAUAGAAAAAAUAAAAUAAAAUA